CAUUCGGCACCAGCCCUCUCAUUUGCGAACGCGAGAAAUAUGCUUAGUUCAGGAUGAAAAAGUACACUGGACGCUCCCAGUUCUGGCACAGUCAUAUUAUCAUCACAGUGGGAGUUACACUUAGUUGAAACAGUCCUUCUAGCUCAAACUGUUGGACAUCUGACGGAGUAGGCUACUAAGUUUUCGCACUGUAUUUUAAAACGUGAAAGUUAUCUAGCCGAUAGAGUUUGAGCUGUCAAAAGUGAGUUGAAUAAGAAAGAGGAGGAACAGUGGAACUUAUUACCAAACGACUCACAUUUUCCAAGAAUAUAUGUCUUCACGAGGAAAAUGCAAAGAGCGUGUUCAGAACUAAAAGGCAAGCUGAAGGAUUUGGCGGUCGUGAGCUUUUGGGUAUUUUAAUAAUCUGUCGGUUCAGGCAGGUCAAUGCUUUGAAUAGCCCACAGUUAAAACGUCGCCAUAGACCUUUUUUGUUCUGAGUACAUUCAAAUGUUAAAACUGAACCCCAAAAUGGAAACGUGUUAAAAUAUUUUUAAUUAUGCUAACUUAAGGCGGAGAACCAUGAACAACAGCUUUGAACUGGAUUUCUUUCUACCCGUUGAGUGGAAUUUACCGCUCCGUCGUGGAAUGUCAGCGGGACUGUAGCCGGAGCUAAACUGUGCACUUGGGACGCGCUCUCAUGGAACUCCAGGUGGUAUGUGGACUGCUCUACUGCUUCCUGCUACCAACCUUCUUGCUUGCAGCCUGCCUGUUUCGCUACAAUGUCCUCUCCUUAGUCUACCUUCUCUACCUGCUGCUGCUGCCGUGGUUCCUGUGGCCCAACAAGCACACGUUACGAGGGCACACAGGGCGCUUCAUCAAGGCGCUGUUCUGCACCAGCCUGCUCUUCCUGCUGGGUCAUGUGUCCUUCCAGAUCUGCCUGCACACCCUCCCUGAGCUGGACGAUGCUCUUGGACACAACUGUAGCUCAGUGGAAAACCUAUCAAGACAUGUUGGGGUGUCCAGGUUGCCCCUGGAGGAUCUCUGGAGUGUGGUUAGGCUCCUGACCCCUGACCUGGGCAUAUUUAUAAUCUCACUCGUCACCAUGGUUACCUGCAACCGUCUUGUGAAGAAGAGGGAGACUCCACCUACAAGCCAGAAUUCUGUCUCGGUGCAGGAAGAAAAAGGAGAUGAGGAGGAGGAUGAAGAGGAAGGUCGGCUGUCCCCCAGUGUUGCUGACGAGGAGGAGGAGGAGGAGGGGAGCAGCGUCCCUAGCAAGGCGGCUCUGCUGGCCGCCAAGCUGCGUGCCACAGCCCACCGCUUCCUCAGGGACCUGGGCCGCGUGCUGGCCAUCACUCUGCUGGCUCUGGCAGGCAUCACCUUGCCAUCUGCCUUCUCUUCUGUCUACUUCCUGUUGUUCAUCGGCGUGUGCACGUGGUGGGCUUGCCACUUUCCCAUCAGCCACCUGGGCUUCAACGCGCUGUGUGUGAUGGUGGGCUUCUUCACAGCGGGUCACCUGGUGUGCCUGUAUCUCUACCAGAGCCCCUUCGCUCAGGACAUCUUUCCCCCGGCCUGUCUGUGGGCCAGGCUGUUUGGUUUGAAGGAUAUCAUUAAACCAGGCAACUGCUCUUCGUCUUCCGCGUAUGACCUCAUCCUCAACACAGAGCAUGAUUGGCCGGUAUACGUCAACCCUGGCAUCCUCCUCCUCCUCUACAUCACCGUGGCCAUAGUCCUGAAAAUCAGCAGUCAUGGCGGCCCAGACAAGCGUGAAGAAGACAGGCCGAGUGCCAACGACGUGGUGGCGGGUGGCGGGGGAGAGGAGGUGGAGCUGCACGCCUGGGUUCCCAAGAAGCAGAGCACAGAGGACAGUCCCAAGAGUCAAAUGCUGCUCUCCACUGGUGAAUCACCAACAACUGAGUCAGAGGAAGCCAAUACUCAUAUGACCAACGGCUCCAGCCAGCAGGAUUUAGGCCUCUGUAGUUCCCCUCCUGCUCAGGAUGGAGACAGCCCUCUGUUCCUGGUGGGUCGCAUGGUCAUGGAGCAGAGCUAUGUCUGCGCUCUCAUUGCCAUGAUGGUGUGGAGUAUUACCUACCACAGCUGGCUGACGUUCGUGCUGCUGCUGUGGGCGUGCCUGAUCUGGAUGAUGCGGGCGCGACGCCACUUCGCCACACUCUGCUCGCCCUUCAUCCUGCUGUACGGCCUGGCGCUCUGCGGCCUGCAGUACGUCUGGGCCAUGGAGCUGGUGCCCGAGCUGCCCCAGCACGUGGGCACCAUGAGCCUGCGCCAGCUGGGCCUUGACCGGGCACCGUACCCCUGCCUGCGCCUGGGCGCCAUGCUGCUGUACACCCUGACCUUCUGGCUGCUUCUGAGGCAGUCGGUGAAGGACAACUUCCGCAAGAAGAAGAGCAUCGCUGCCCCUCUGACAGAGGUGACCACUGGGGAGGGCAUUGGGCGGAAUGAGUCUGUUCUGAAGGUCCUCGGCGCUAUGGUGAUGAGUUUGUACGCCAAGUAUUGGAUCUACAUUUGCGGUGGCAUGUUCAUCAUGGUCAGCUUUGCUGGCAAGCUAGUGGGCUACAAGAUUGUCUACAUGCUGCUCUUCCUGCUAUGCAUGUGUGUGUACCAGGUGUAUUACUCGCUGUGGAGAAGGCUGCUGAAGGCCUUCUGGUGGCUGGUGGUGGCCUACACCAUGUUAGUGCUCAUCACCAUCUACACCUUCCAGUUUGAGGAUUUCCCUGACUACUGGAAAAACUUCACUGGCUUCACAGAAGAGCAGCUGGGAGACAUUGGCCUGGAGACCUUCGCCCUGUCCGAGCUCUUCUCCAGCAUCCUCAUCCCGGGCUUCUUCCUGCUCGCCUGCAUCCUGCAGCUGCACUACUUUCACCGGCCCUUCAUGAGGAUCACAGACCUGGACCACGUCUCCCCCACCCACAGGAAGAGGAACAGUCCAAGGCCUGAGGUGGUGCGAUGCACAGAUGGCGUGGGCUUUGAGGAGGAAGAACUCGGCACGGAUCUCGGAGAGGGCGAAGAGUCGGAAGAUGAUGAGAUGAUGCCCAGUAAGUGGGGUCUGGUGAUGGACCGUCUGAUGGUGCUGUUCGGGAAGUUCUCCGACACGCUUAGCCACAUCCAGGUCUUCAUCUGGAGAGUCCUGGAGCUGCACAUCCUCAAGAUGGUCGCCUUCUGUGUGGUGUGGGUGGCCCUGGGAGAGAGAAAAUUAAAUACUGCUAAACACUGCCGGGUGUCUGUCUACACUCCUUUUGGGGAUGAGGCGAUGGUGCUCUUUUUUCACUCACUCAACCUCCAUUUUGUUCUCCAUUCUACCUUCUUCUUCCCCCCCGCUCUGCAGCCUUUUAGCAACGAGACGAGUCUCAGUGUAGAGGAGAUGCACAACUCCACGCUGUACAGAGCCCCAGUGGACCCGGCCAACUGGUUUGGCUUCAGGAAAAACGCCACAGUCUUGGGCUACAUUAAGAAUCACCUGCUGGUGUUGCUGCUGCUGGUGUUCGAGGCCACAGUGUACCGCCACCAGGCCCAUCACUACAAACAGCUGCAGAGAUCCCCACCCAACAUCCCCACACUCUUCCCCAACGCCACCCGCGACACCCUGGACCAGAGCCUGCUGACCUGCAUACAGUACCUGCUCAACUACAGCUUCUACAAGUUUGGCCUGGAGAUCUGCUUUCUGAUGACGGUGAACGUGAUUGGCCAGCGCAUGAACUUCCUGGUCAUUGCCCACGGCUGCUGGUUGGUCGCCAUCAUGGUGCAGAGGCGCCGGGCGGCCAUCGCCAAGGUCUGGCCCAAGUACUGCCUGUUCCUGGUCUUCUUCACCAUCUACCAGUACAUCCUGUGUGUGGGCAUUCCUCCUGCCCUCUGCAUUGAUUACCCCUGGCGCUGGAGCUCAUCAGUCACCAUCAACUCAGCUCUCAUCAAGUGGAUCUACCUGCCAGACUUCUUCACCAUCCCCAACUCGAAGAACCUCAUGGCGGACUUCCUGUUGCUGAUGUGCGCGUCGCAGCAGUGGCACGUGUUUGAGAACGAGAAGAAGGAGGAAUGGAUGGUGCAGGGGGGGGAGAACAAGGACAACCCCAACCCCAUGGAUGGCCUCCCCUUCAACCCAGCACCCAACUUCAUCAACUGCAGGUGUUACCUGGACAUGGCGAAGGUGCUGGUGUUCCGUUACAUGUUUUGGUUUGUACUGUCCGUGGUGUUUGUGACGGGGGCCACGCGCAUCAGCGUCUUCGGCCUGGGCUACCUGCUGGCCUGCUUCUUCUUCCUGCUGUUUGGCACCGAGCUGCUGGUCAAGCCGUCGCGCACACGCAUGACCCUUUGGGACUGCCUCAUCAUGUACAACGUGGGCGUCAUCAUCUCCAAGAACCUGCUCUCGAUCCUGGCUUGCGUGUUUGUGGCAGAAAUGCAGAAGAACUUCUGUUGGGUAAUUCAGCUCUUCAGCCUGGUCUGCACUGUUAAAGGCUACUAUGACCCUAAGGAGGUGAGUGAUAAGGAGUGCUCUCUGCCCGUGGAGGAGGCAGGCAUCAUCUGGGACAGCAUCUGCUUCUUCUUCCUCCUGCUGCAGAGGAGAGUCUUCCUCAGUUUCUACUUCCUGCAUGUGACCGCAGACCUGCAGGCGUCUGCACGCCAGGCCUCCCGAGGUUUUGAGCUAUUCAGAGCCAGCAUCAAGAAGAACAUCAGGUUCCACCAGAAGGCAGAGAAGAAGUCCCUGCAACAGCUCAAACGAUCGAUGGAGCGCAUUCGAUCCAAACAGCAGAAGUACAAGGAAGGACGCACAGCAUCCAGCUCCAAAGCGGAAAAGGCAUCAGAUUCCAAAGAGGGGAAGCAAGAGAGGAGCAGCAAGAAGAUGAAGUGGCAUCGGCCCUGGAUGGACCACGCUACUGUGGUGCACUCUGGGGAAUAUUACCUGUUUGAGUCGGACAGUGAGGAGGAGGAGGAGCUCUUCUCUGAGGAGCAGAAACCUCCCAGACAGACGGCAUUUCAGCUGGCGUACCAGGCCUGGGUGUCGAGCGCCAAAGAGGCCCUGCGGGAGCGCCAGCAGAGGCAGAGGGAGCAGAGGAGACUGGAGAGGGCGAGCAGACAGCAGGCCAGCUUCCAGCCCUCAGCUGAUGGAGAGGAGUCAGUGUUUGAGGAAGGAGCAUCUCAGGAUGGGGAGGUGGGAGGAGAGGCAGAGGAGUCAGGGAGGGGCAGUGACAUGGUGCAGCGUCUCCUGGACAUCCUGAGGUUCCUGCGGGUGCUGUUCCUGGCCAUGGUGGACGGCGUGACACUGUGGCUCAACAUGCUCACCAAGCAGUAUGUGGACACCUCCACCGUCCUGUGCAACGAGCGCUACAUGCUCAUCCACAACAUCGGCCAGGGUCCACGGGAGCCCCUGGAUGACCAGCUGUCUCAGGGCAGCGAGAGCCCCACGCUGGAGACGUGCCUGGACGAGACGGAGACGGAGAUGGAGACGGACCAGCUGCACAGCAGCGGCGCCAUCAGUGGGGCAGAGCUGGACACGUCCACCCCCCACACCAGCACCUACAGCUGUGCCACCCUGUGCCCCGAGUGCCCACAGGAGCUGGAGGUGGUGCCACGCAUGGGCCGACACCAGCGCCACUCCCGCACCGCCAGCGAAAUGCUGACCGACGGGGCGUUCUUUGUGGAGGAGCUGGUCCAGAGCAGCGAGUUCUACUCGUCUCAGAACCGGCUGCUCAAGCUGCUCUUAGCCCUGUACAAUCUGCUGGCGGCCAACUCUGAGCUGGUCUGCUACUUAAUCAUCGUGCUGAACAACGUGGUGACCGCCUCGGUCAUCUCGCUCGUGCUGCCCAUCCUCAUCUUCCUCUGGGCCAUGCUGGCCGUGCCACGACCCAGCAAGAGGUUCUGGAUGACCGCCAUCGUCUACACGGAGGUGAUGGUGAUGGUGAAGUACCUGUUCCAGUUCGGCUUCUUCCCGUGGAACAGCCUGUAUGAGCUGCAGCUGAACAUGGACAAGCCCUACUUCCCCCCACGCAUCAUCGGCCUGGAGAAGAUUGACAACUACAUCCGCUACGACCUGCUGCAGCUGCUGGCCCUGUUCUUCCACCGCUCACUGCUCAUGAAAUAUGGGCUGUGGGACCACGAGGGACCACUGGAGGAGAAGAGCCGCCAGCCUGCUGAGGAUCAGACCAAAAGGGAGGGCGAGGAGGAGCAUCAGCCCAGUCCGGCGCACAGCCUCGCCGUUCUGGAGGACGGCGCCACCGAGACCCCCAGCCUCUGGAGCCUGAGCCUGAGCCCGAUAUCCAGCCCACGCCAGAACCAACGCCGGAGCCUCCCCACGCUGACGCCGACGCUGACGCCUCGCCCACGGACCAGGGAGCGGGGAAGAAGGGCCGGGCUGCUGCGAUUCCGCAGGAAGAAAAGCUCCGGAAAAGGUGGUGCUGAAAGCAAAGAGCCUAAGAAGAAAACCAAGGGUAGACGCAGAGAGGCCACCAGCAAGAAGCUGAAGGCUGUCGGCCUUAAAAUCAAACAACUGUCUAUUUCUGCGAUGCAGACUAUCUACAGACCCACAUAUGGAUUCUUCCGAGAUAUCCUCCAUGCCGAGUUCCGAGCCACCACAGAUGUGUACGCUCUCAUGUUCCUCACGGACAUGGUGGACUUCAUCAUCAUCGUCUUUGGGUUCUGGGCUUUUGGGAAACACUCGGCUGCAGCUGACAUUGCGUCCACGCUGUCUGAGGACCAGGUGCCCGAGGCCUUCCUGGUCAUGUUGCUCAUCCAGUUCAGCACCAUGAUCAUCGACCGGGCGCUCUACCUGCGCAAGACCAUCCUGGGCAAGCUCAUCUUCCAGAUUAUCCUGGUCUUCGGCAUCCACCUGUGGAUGUUCUUUAUCCUGCCGGCCGUCACAGAGAGGAUGUUUAAUCAGAAUUCCGUGGCUCAACUCUGGUACUUUGUCAAGUGCAUCUACUUCACCUUGUCGGCCUAUCAGAUCCGCUGCGGCUAUCCAACCUGCAUCCUGGGCAACUUCCUCACCAAGAAAUUCAAUCACCUCAAUCUCUUCCUCUUCCAAGGUUUCCGCCUGGUCCCCUUCCUGGUGGAGUUGCGGGCAGUGAUGGACUGGGUCUGGACGGACACCACGCUGUCCCUCUCCAACUGGAUGUGCGUGGAGGACAUCUACGCCAACAUCUUCAUCAUCAAGUGCAGCCGCGAGACAGAGAAGAAAUACCCUCAACCCAAAGGCCAGAAGAAGAAGAAGAUUGUGAAGUACGGGAUGGGCGGGCUCAUCAUCUUCUUCCUGAUCUGCAUCAUCUGGUUCCCACUGCUCUUCAUCUCAUUGGUCCGAUCAGUGGUGGGCGUGGUCAACCACCCCGUGGAUGUCACUGUCACAGUUAAACUAGGGGGUUAUGAGCCUCUGUUCACCAUGAGCGUCCAGCAGCAGUCUAUCCAGCCGUUCACUGAAGACAACUACAAGAGUCUCACCAAGCACUUUGGCAAUAACGCAGUGGCUAUGCAGUUCAUCACGCUGUACAACUUCGAGGACAUUGUGACGGCCAACAUCGAGGGCAGCUCGGGCUCUGUGUGGCGCAUCAGCCCGCCCAGCAGACAGGAGCUGAUCAAGGAGCUGCUGAGCAGCUCUGCCGAGAUGACGCUGCGCCUGGCCUGGAACUUCCAGAGGGACUUGGGGAAGGGUGGAACUGUGGAAAACACCUUUGACAAGCACUCCAUCCAUCUGAAGCCAGAGGAUCCUGUCCGAGCAGACCUGGCCUCACUGCUCGUGGGCAACCGCACCGAGCCUGUGCUGGUUCCUCAUAUGUUCCCCAACUACAUCCGGGCUCCUAACGGGGCUGAGGCCAAGCCUGUGAGCCAGCUCUAUGAAGAUGAUGAGCAGGGAUAUCAGGGCGUGACGCUGUCUCUGAUGAAAGGAGGGUCACAGGAGUGGUGGGACAUCAGCAUCGCAGGCUGCGACCCCGCUGCUAAGGCCUGUGGGGUCCUGCCCAUGGUCAUCUUCAACGACAAAGUCAGCCCCCCCAGCCUGGGCUUCCUGGCUGGCUAUGGGAUCAUGGGGCUGUACGUGUCCGUGGUGCUGGUGAUUGGCAAGUUUGUGCGCGGCUUCUUCAGCGAGAUCUCCCACUCCAUCAUGUUCGAGGAGCUGCCGUGCGUGGACCGCAUCCUCAAGCUGUGCACGGACAUCUUCCUGGUGCGUGAGACUGGCGAGCUGGAGCUGGAGGAGGAGCUCUACUCCAAGCUCAUCUUCCUCUACCGCUCGCCAGAGACCAUGAUCAAGUGGACACGGGAGAAGGACAAGGACUAGGUCUAGCCAAAGCCUCCGAAAAAAAACAAAAAAGCCAAAACGAGCCAACCUCGCCUGUCCACUGUGCCUGGGGGUCUGGGGGCCCACUAACAUCACACCCAGAUGGUGCCUUAAUCUUUGGAAGAGUUUUUGUACCCCGUCCCUACGUUAAAAGCACAACAGCAUGCCAAUUUGAUAUAUGUGUGUGAUGCUGUAUGCACGCCAGGAGAGUGCUACUAAAGGACUUUUGAGAAGGGGGGGGCUAUUUAACACUGAAGAGUUCCUGGCCGCUAACUCAGUCUCUGUGCUAAACAGACAGUCGUCCCCCAGGGAAGGAGAGACUAGGAGUGGAGGAGAGAAGAGGAGAGGAGAGGAGAAAAGAGGAGAGGAGAGGGAAGUAGAG